AUGGAUGCACUAAAAUCUCUUCACUGUGAAUUCAUGAUUAUGAAAGCUAAAAACAUCCAAGUUACCAACUCCAAUGGUUACUUGUUUGUUAGAUGCUAUCUUGAUGCUGGAAACAACAAAAGAGUGCGUUUGGAUAGCGGAGAAGUGUCUCAAUAUGGAGAAUUUUCUUCGAACGAAUCAUUCUCCUUGGAUUGCAUAGGGACGAAGCAAUCCACAGACAUGAUCAUUCAUGGAACAAUUGUCUUGGAGCUUCGCUGGAGGAGAAAUACAGCUUCCAUGUUUAGAGGGUCGCAACUGCUGGGAAAAACUGAGGUAUCAUGGAGGGAUGUUUUUGAGUCGCCAAACAUGGAAAUGGAGAGAUGGGUGAUGAUGAAAUCAAAGAAAAAAGAUGUUAAAACGCCUUCUGUUCGUAUAGCCAUGAAGAUUGAAACACCUUUUGGUUGUGGAGAGGAUUUGGUAGAAAUUAGGAAGAGGAGGAACAAAUGGGACGAAAGAUGUGCAUGCUGUCAUGGCGAUUGCUGUAACAGUACAUGUCUAGAUGGUGAGCUUUUUGCCAUUGGGGCUGCUUUGGAUGCUUUCUAG